AUGAUGAAGAGUGCCGAUCUCUCUCCCUCGGCUCUCCUCGACGCCGUGCGGGCACUGCUUGGUGAGGUGAAGAUCCCUACAUGGGUUCUGGUGGCAGCGUGCGGGACUGCCUCAGUGGCUGCCAUGUAUGCGUAUCUGCUGGACUUGAAUCGGCGCAGAAGGGAGCAUUUCAAGGUACGUGUGUGUGGAUGACGGACAGACAGGCAGGCAGGCAGACAGACGGCCUUUCGAUGCCCUGUGUGCCUGUGUGUGUUGUGGCAGGACACACCGCAACCAGAUGAAGAGCACCCAAUUCUGGCGGCGCUGCCCGUCACACGCAGGUGAAGUGCAAUCGCCCUGACUGUGUCUUGGGGAAAAGGCCAGCCUCGGUUGUUCGUUUCUUUGCUCAGGGUGUUUGGGAGCCCGAUGAACCAUUCGCAGGGCGUCCAGGAACUAACGGACAAGCUUGGUCCAACAUGGGGCGUCCGCAUGCCUCUGUUCCUUCCUGGAUUCGGCAAGCAAGGUACCGAGGGCGCCUUUUGCCCCGCCUGACUGACCUUGCGCUCACUGUCUUGCCUGCCGAUUUCAUCAGAGUUCCUUCUGUUCACGUCCGACCCGGCCAUUAUCAGCGAAGUGCAGGCCAAGAAAGACAUCUUCCACAGCAGGCCAAGAACGGGCUUCGACACGAUCAUCCCUCAAGGCUUGCUGGCCCUCCGUGGGGACGAGAGGCAGUGGCAAACGCAUCGGCGGCUCAUUGCGCCUCUCUUCAGCGACAAGUUUUUGGCAGGUGAACGUUGCCGUUGCCAGAAGAGGAGAGAAGAGAUGUGAUGCAAUUUCUUUGUGUGUGUCUGCGGCGUCUGUUCAGCGUAUGGGCCCACACUGUACGAGAAGAGCGCGCUGCUGCAUGAUUCUCUUCUCCAGCACUUCAAUGACAAAGUCAAAACGAAAGCGGUGCGUGCACUAGGAGAGAUGAGACGACUGUGCAUUGAUGCACACACAUUCCUUUUUGUAUCUGUCGCGUCGCGUCGUGUCAGUUUGAUGUGCAAGAGUGCCUGAAUUUGGUCACAUUGGACAUCAUCACGUCGAUCGGUUUCGGUUUAGAGAAGGCUGACUCUGUGCGCGCGCUGCUGCCGCCGGAUAGCCCACAAGCACUCACGCCGAAUGAGGUACGGAUAUAUGUGCAUGCGAGUGGGAAAUCUCACCUGUACGGGUGUAUGUGUGCGCGCAUCAGUUGCGGUCGGCUCUUGCAUUCAAGCGGUGAGUGAGUCGGUCGGAAGCACUGAUGCGCCACUCGUGCACACAUUCAUGGGUCCCUGUGCGUCUGUCUUGGUAGGGCUUCUGACGUGUUCCUCGAAGAGGCCCAUAAUCGAGCCACAGAGCCAUCAGUCGCACGGUGCGAGUUGCAUUGAGCAUACCACACCACACAGGCAUCCACGAAUGUGUCUGCUUCCCUCUCGGCGUGUGUCAGGUUUUGGCCGCCGAGAUACAUCCGCUACCUCUCUGCCUACGCAAUGGCCACCAAGCGUGUGUACGAGGUGUAUCGUCACAAGGGUGACCCAGCCUCGCCUGCUGCAUCGGGCCGCGGAAGCAAGGAUCUCAACAUGCUGAUCGCUCUCAAGAAUGCACAGGGUCAGUCAAGCAGCACACACAUCAACACAGACCCAUCCACACACCCAUCCACACACCCAUCCAUCCAUGUGUGUGUGUGUGUGUGUGAAUGUGUUUGUGCAGAGGGCGGAGAGCAUAUGACUAUGAAAGAGGUCAAAGAUGAAAUCAUAAGCUUGAUGCUUGCCGGUGAGUCGGUCGUUGGGAGGGAGGGAGGAACAGAGGCAGGCCUGGUGGUGGUGUUGUUGCUGUUCUCAGGUCAUGAGACGACUGCCCUGACACGUCGUGGGCCUUGUAUGAGUUGGCGGGCAACCCAGAUGUCCAAGACAAGGUCUACAAAGAGGUCAGUCAGGAGAUGCACACGUGGCCACGAGAUAGGUGCACCGAGUGUGUUGCAUCUGCGCAUACAGGUCAAGAAUGUGGAUCUCAAGUCGCUAUCGCUGA